GGUGUCGUACGGUUACUGCGGCGGAUGUUGAUGUUUUGUUUCACAGCUCGCCGAAUGAUGUGAACUGUAUCGUCUCCGGGACGGGUUGAUAUAUUUUGUUUGUGAUUGUCCUCGCGGUUUUCUACUGUUCUCCCUGUAAGCUUUGUCUGUUCGUCGGCAUCGUGUCUCUCCCGGUGUCUCUCCCGGGAAGCGCGAGGCCGAGUCGUGCGAUGAUGGAGGACUUUGAUGAGAUCUACGAAGAGGAGGAGGAGGAAGAGGAGGACGAGGACAGGGCCGCGGAGGAGCAGCUCCUCAAGUACGCUCCGGACCCGGUGGUGGUGCGAGGGUCCGGCCACGUCACUGUGUUUGGGCUUAGUAACAAAUUCGAGUCAGAAUUUCCUUCUGCACUUACGGGAAAGGUAGCACCAGAGGAAUUCAAAGCCAGUAUCAACCGUGUGAACAGCUGCCUGAGGAAGACGCUGCCAGUGAAUGUGCGGUGGCUGCUGUGUGGCUGUCUCUGCUGCUGUUGCACACUGGGCUUCAGUUUGUGGCCUGUUAUCUGCCUCAGCAAGAGGACAAGAAGAUCUAUAGAGAAACUUCUGGAGUGGGAGAACAGCAGACUUUACCACAAGUUGUGUUUGCAUUGGAGACUAAGCAAAAGGAAGUGUGAAACCAACAACAUGAUGGAAUAUGUAAUCCUAAUAGAGUUCUUACCUAAGAUCCCCAUCUUCAGACCGGACUAGCCCGACUGCAGGUGAUCUUAAACCUCCAAAGCUGUACCACCACAAUGGCUGUCAAACUCCUGAAUAAGUACCUCUCCCAAAAUACUCCCAAUAUUUUUGUUUACAGGGUAACAUUGAUCCACCACCAUUCUCCCGCACAUACCUUGUCUUACACCCUUGUUUACAAAUCCAGCAUCCCAAAACUUGUUUUUGGAGUGAAUUCACUAUUGAACCACGGUCUAUCGGGCGAGCUGGCACACUGUCAGGCCAUGCUAACCGGCACCAGCCUGUGGGAUGUCAGGGGAGAACCAGCCAUGGGCAGCGUUAUGGAUUGAAACUUGGAGCUGGAGACUAGACUCUUAAAUUGAGUUCUGUAAGCUACAACUGGAACUGUGUCACUUGUAUGUUCCCUAACCUAAGCACAUGGCACGGUCAGACCAUGAUAGAGCAAACACUUUUACAUGUUCCUUAACUGUCUCACCACCAACUUCACCUGCAAAAAAUACACUCUAGUGCUUUUGUACCAGAUGGAUUGGAGCUCUGGAUAAUUACUAGAAGCUGUAGAGGCAACAUCACGUGGAAUUUCAGAGGAGCCUUCAUCCAAAUCAGCUCUGCAGCAGACAGACUUACAGGAACAUGUUGAGCCAGUGGCCAGAACAGCGGAACUCCGUAAUGUCACUCUACUUAUCAGCUACCAGACAUUCUUAUCCUCUCGUCUCCUUUCAUAUCUCUGCACACUUCACAGUGCAUCACAUAACCCAGUGACAAUCACACUCACUCUUGACUGUCCUCCAUGUAGUAUGAUUGGGUCUUUAUGCUACACAGUUGAUCUGGAACAAUUUGUUUUCAGCAUUAUGUGCACCCAGGUGAUGGGCUGCCUACCAACUACUCUGAGUCGCAGUAGAACAAGUAAGAAGGUCACCUUUUUCUUUUCUUUUUCUUUUUUUUUUAACUGUUUUGGUAAAGGAGAGGCAGUCAAUGCUCACAAAACUGUUUGGUGUGUGACAGAGAAACAUAAGCAAAAAAGAGACAAAUCAGACAUUAAGGGAUUCUCUUACUCUGUAAAGCAGGGUUCUUCAUUCACGUUUUUUUUUUUUUUGUUGUUGUUGUUGCCAUAACCGUUCUUUGUUAUUUUUACUGUAGUAAUUUAUAAAUGCCUGAUUGCGCAUAUAAUAUGUGCAUUUGUGAAAUAGGCCUCGUGUAUAUUUUUUUUCUUACAAAGGUUCUUUCCUUUUUGUCUUUAUGGUCAUGUGUCAACACUGAAGCACACAAUCGCUUUGUCCUUAACAACUUCACAUGGCCUCUCUUCCUUAUCUGCUGACCCUGGCUUACUUAUACAAGGGCUCAAGUUAAAUUGUGGUUCUUGAGCAAGUUCCUCUGUUUUAGUUAUAGUCUGACUCAUUACAUCCAGAAGUCUUGGGUGACCAUGAGUGUUCGGUCCUCUUUGUUAGGUGUUAGAUAAUAACAGCGUUCUGUAUCAUGAAGCAGGAUUACUAGUAAUAGCACACUAUUUGCAAAUCAAGAAUAUGGACUUAAAGCUGGGGGGGGGGCAUAUAUUUAAUUUGAAAAUAUUAAGAAUACAUUACAUUAUUUAUAGUAGGUUAUUUCUUAUUUCACCAUUUUAAUACUACACUUUAUAUUAGUUUUAACAAAAACCCUUAAUCAGAUUUCUGCUCCCUUUCUGUUUCUCUCUCCCUGUAUGUGUCCGCUCUGUCAACUUCCCUCGUCAGCAGUAUGUAAAGUCGGCCAAAAAAUUAAGCUUGCAAAUCAGAUUUCACAGCAGCAGGUGAGCUACGUAUGGUGGCGGGUUUUUGUUAAUGACGUAGCCUACCAAAACCAACAUGGUACCGGGUGACAUCGGCACCUACCAGGUGUUCAUGAUUGCUUAACCUGGUCCAUGCUUGUAAAAUAUCCACAAUGUCCGCGUCUUCAAAAAGAAUACCAGAGAACAUCGCUUUCUCUUUGUGCGCUUCUCUGCAGAGCAUGUGCAAUUUCAGGUAGACCACACAGAAAGGGUGGAGCAAGAGGAGAUUGUCCACUAGUUAAUCAAUCGCAGAUGGCAUUUUUCGCUCGGAUGGAUUAAAAAAAAUGGAAAAUAUACCUAGGCAGCCCACCCAAGUAAAGUCUGUGUGGGAAACACUGAUGUAAAAUUAUGAUAAACAUACUGAGAAUUAUAACCGUUACUUCUCCACUCUACAAAGUGUUUUAGCAUCUUUCAGCUCAAAUGUUUUGGUUUUUGCUGGCCUUCAGCUUCCAGCAUCAGCAGGCAUCAGCUUUCAGAGAAAAGGUGCUGACAAAACCCACUGUACACUACCUACCCAGUGCCAAACAGCAGACAGAGGAAAAAGUUAGCAACUAGCAGAUGAACAUAGUGGCGCAUUUUGUAGCUCGAGUCAGAUAUUUCCCUCAAGAGUUAAAGGAGCAAAAAGGACAGUGAAUAGUGGACUUGCAUGCACCAGGUGGCCAGAAAAACUACUCCAAAUGAAUAAUAAUGUUGGUAUGUGUAUACUGGAUUUGUAUAUAAGCAACUCGUUGCUAACACAUUUGUGAUAUAAGCAUAAUAACAUAGUUAAUCAGGUUUAAGUAAAAGGUCAUGUCCCAGGCUUAAUUUAGAUCAGCUAUCUAGCUAACUAACAAUCCUGCUCUGUGAUAAAGGGCUAAGAGUUAUUUUUUUAAAUUGUCAACAUACAACAUAAAAUCAUUUGACAGCAAAUAGGAGAAAAGACAGAACAGAAAAACAAAGCCAUUUUGAAUAUAGUAUAGAUUUAGUUUUUCCUACUCAGCACACCUCUUCAUUUUUAAAACCAUCCAGAUACUGAGAUUGAAAGUCAACAAAGUCAGUUCGUUUUAGGUUGCUCAGUUCUGGUGAUUGUAUGGGUCAUACUCAGGGGAUUAUACUAGAUAAACAACAAAAUGUUGCAUUGAAAAAUCUCACAGUCAGGUUUGUUCCAAAGUUACACCAGGGGGUCAAGUAUACCAUGCACAUCACACAUUACUUGAAUAAUUAAAAAAAUAUAUAUAGAAGUUUGUUUGGAAAUUGAAACAUACCCUAAAGACAAUUUACCCUUCUGUGGUCUUCCUGUUCAGAUAAUAAAGGAGGCACAUAUUCUAUGGACCCACAUAGCCCAGACAUUGUGUUGGUUUAUAUGUUAAAAGACUCAAAUUCACUUGAUUACCACUGGGUUUCCUGUUGGUUUAUCUGUCACUUUUCUAUAUUUUUGAUUGAUUGUGGUCUGUUCUAUGUAAAUCAAGGCAUAAGGCCAUAUGCAGAUGUGUGUGUGUGUGUAUGUGUGUGUGUACAUGAUGUAUGCAGAGGCAAAUGGUCUUCAUAGAUCUCAGACUGUGAUUGAACCCUGCACAGAAAAUGAGUAAUUUUUUAAUAUAAUCUGGAGUGUUUGUGUCAGUCUGUGUGUAUGAGGGGGAGGAAGAUAUAUGUACAUACGACUCGAGCAGGUGUGUGUACAGUAAUAAACUACCAAUAAAUAAAGCUAUGGGCAUCCUCCUCUGUAA